AUGGCGCCGGGCGACCUGAUGACACAGGUCUUCCUCCUGCUGCUGGCAAGAAGGCGCAUCCCUAAGUAUAGCACCUUUGGGGCUGUAAUGGUUAGUUGUUGGUUUGCUUCAGUGUAUGUGGUGUGCCAGUGGAUGCAGAACCUGCAGUGGCUGUGGUGUGAGCACAGGAUGUAUGUUGUAGGCUACGUCUUGACAGUUGGGUCCCUCAGCUUUGCUGCCUGUUACAGACACGGGCCUCUGGCCAAGGAGAGGAGCCAGCGCCUCCUGGCGUGGACGCUGCGGCUCCUGGCCCUGACCUGCUGCGGCGCCCUCGUGCCCCAGGUCGUGUGGGCUGCUGUGGGCCUCAUGCUGCUGCCCCGGGGGCUGCACUACCCGGCGAGAGCCCUCAGAUUUGCAUACUUCGUCCUUGGAGGAAGCCAAUUGUAGCCCGAAGAAAUGCAUCUUCACCAAGAGCAGUACAGCCUGGGGGGCGCCUUCCUGGAGGAGCAGCUCUUUAACCUGGGGCAGGGGCAGCGGCCUGACUCCAAGCAGUGGAAAGAGUCCAUCAGGGACCAAGGCAUCCACCGGAGACCUCCCAGCCAGCAAGGCAUGACCGUGGCCACAGCAGGGACAUUUGGAAAUAUUUUUUCAGGAAGCUGUGGGGACAAGGACAGACUCCCCACGUGA